AUGAAGACCAUUCCUACACAUUUCCACCCGAACCGUCCUAUGUUCAGACCAACUCACGUUCGCCGGUUCGGCUCAUCUUCAAAACUCCGCUCUAUCGCCGUGGCUCUCUUGCUCGUCACAGCAUAUUAUGUAUAUCGGCCUUCAAAGCCUCAGAUCAUCCCGACAUGGCACGAGCUACCCUCAAGCAAACCCAUCGAUGGAUGUAGUCCAAACACAUCUCUAGCACUCUCCCGCGUCGUGAUAACCACCAAAACAGGCGCAACAGAAGCCUCCCUCAAACUACCCCCCCAGCUCCGCAACUCCCUCCGAUGCGCACCCCACCUCUACGUCUUCAGCGACAUGGCCCAGAAGCUCGGAGACGUGCAAGUGCACGACGCACUCGACACGAUCCCCAGCUCCGUCAAAGACAAUAACCCAGAUUUCGAUCUCUACAGAGCACAGCUAGCUCUACAAAGCACCCCCGAAAAAAUCCCAGAGACGCUGAGCGGGUUUGUACAUCCAGGGAAUAAAGACGAUAACGCAGCGUGGGUGCUCGAUAAAUACAAAUUCAACCACAUCGUCGAAAAAACAUGGCAGAUGAAGCCCGACAUGGACUGGUACUUCAACAUCGACGCCGACACCUACGUAUUCCUCUCCAGCCUAGCCGUCUGGCUCGCCCUCCUGGACCCCCUAAAAGAAGCGCUCAUCGGCAACGUCGCCCUGAUCAUCGGCAAGGAAUUCGCGCACGGCGGCAGCGGAAUCCUGAUGAGCCGUGCAGCGACGCGGAGUUUUGUCGUCGACCACAACGGCACGGCUGCGCGCUGGGACGCGGAGAUGAGGAAUAAUUGCUGUGGCGACUGGGUGUUGGCGCAGAUUUUUAACGGGUAUGGCGUGCAGCUGAAGCCGGCGAGUCCGAUGUUGUAUGGGGAGGCGCUGGGGAGUAUUGGGUUUGAGGGCGGGAAUUGGUGUCAGCCGGUUGCGAGUUUGCAUCAUGUUGAGAAGGGGGAGGCGGAUAGGAUUGGAGCGUUUGAAGGGAGGAGGGUGGAUAGAGAUGCUGCAGUGACUUACGCCGAGAUUUUUGAUGGUCUUAUUCUCGAGUCGAUACCUUCCGAGUCCCGUGCGGACUGGGACAACUCGAGUGAAGACGAGACGGUAAAAGACAUUGAUUCAAUGGAAUCAUGUGUUUCCGCAUGUGAGAAGAACGACAAAUGUCUCCAAUUACGCUUCAAUGGCAACGAGUGCAUGCUUGGCACUAAAAAGGUGAAGUUGGGCGAGGUGGAUAAACCUAAAAAGGAGGAUGGAAAAGAUGAAAAGAAAUGGCAGAGUGGGUGGAAUCGGACUAGGAUUGCGGAGUGGGCGUCUGGACAAAAGCCUUGCACGAAGUUGGUGUUUCCUAUUUAG